AAAGAUGAGGGAGUCAAAAACGAGAAAAGUACCAAAAAAAGAGAAGUGUGGGAUUGUAAAUGUCUGUGCUUUUUUGUUCAUUUAACGUCACCCCCAAACCUACUGUCAUUAUAGUUUCUAGACCAGUGGUAAUUAAGUGCCCUGAACACACGCGCAUACACAUGCACACACACACACAUCGACGUGUGUUAUUCCCACAGGCUGAGCAUGUGGUUAAUUCCAGCUGUCACUUCAGGAAUAACUAGGGAAUUCCUCGUGUAACCAAACCUCCUCUGACCUGGGAGGCUAGACCUUGUAACUACUAGCACGUUUGCCUUUAGGGAAGAGGGUGUGUUUGUGUGAGCAAGGAAGUAGAGAAGGGUAUCGUACAUUUGUGUGUGUGGGAAUGUGUGUGUGGGUAUAUAUGUGUGUGUGUGUGGCUUUCCUGAAAUCAGUCAGCAGUCUGGCUUCACUUCUGUCUCCUGUGUGGUAAAGACUGUCUCCCCAACACUUAAUGCUUGACUAAAAUCAAAACCAAAACAGACACAUCUGUCUUCAGUUGUGUUUUUGUUUUUUUGUUUUUUAUAUUUAGCUUUUUUUUUUUUUAAUGAAGCUCAGGAUUUUGCUCGAUAGAUUAGACAGAUGUUGCUUGUGCAGCGUAAUGGCUCCUGAAUAUUUACACUGUUACAACUGAGCCUCACUCUCUCUGUAUCACUUUUCUUUGGGUAAAUAAAGCUUGAAUCAAAGCAGGACAAUCAUAGCACUCUACUGGUAGCUACUGGUAACGCUCUCCAGGAAGAUGGAAAAGCAAAGUGACAAUAAACAUCUUGACUCUUGAUAACAAUUUAGGCUAUUUCUACUUUGUGAUUGACACAAAAAAUCACACACAAAAAAAGAUUUUAAAGGCUUAUUAAAUCUAAAUCCACAAACCAAUCAAUGACAUUGUGUGGUUAGACACAUUAGUAGACAUAUAGUAGUUAGAAGUUAAAUAGUACACUAAUCUAGCAGAAGAUUCUAUUCUAUUCUACUCCAUUUUUAUGGCCUCCAGGUGCUUUAUACUAUCAAGUAAAGACCCUAGAAUAAUAAAGAGAAAACUCUCUGUGAGCAAGCACUCUGGCAAGAGUGGAAAGGAAAAACUCCCUUUUAACAGGAAGAAAUCUCCAGAAGAACCUGGGAGGCUCAGAGGGGCAGCAAUGUGCUGCCCCAUGUUGGGGGUGAGGUGAGGGAGACAGGAUGAUAGACACAGUGUGGAGCCAAAGUUAUAACAACUGGUUAAAUGUAGAGUGGUGCAGAAAGGCAGAAAGUUUGUCUUAUGGGCUGAACUUGCUUCUCUUUUGGCAGUGCAUUGGUAGACUAUAUACAGUCCAUCUACCUGCACAGAGCAUCUGCUGUCACACGUGUCCAAAGUAUGUGGUUCAACCAAUCUGUGGUUUUGUGAAACCGAGCUUUGAAAAUAAGGAACAGCGUCCACUGCAGCGCAUGUCUAUGUUUUCAAUAUUUUAUUUUUGAACUUUAAUGUUUUUCCAACUUCUGCACCCUCGACCCAUUCUGGCCCACUUGUCAACCAUUCAGCAUUCAACCUCCGCACGGUCGAACGAUGUGUCGUUUGGUUUUUUUGGAGGAGAACAUGGGAACACAUUUGCAUUGCUUUUGCAUUUGUGUUCAAAACUUCUCCCCAGGCUAUGUAGGCAAACAGCUAUGUAACCAGACAUAACCAUGGUAGUAUAAAACAAGCAUUACUAAUCAGGAUCUUUUAGGAGAUGCUCUGAAACAGUGUGUUGUACCUCUUUUUAAAACUCAGUCUUGUGGAAAAAGCUGUCAACAUUCAAGAAUGCAGGUAAUUUGAAGACCAUAUUAAUUAAUCAGGUGUUUAUUUUUCACACUUUGAACAACCUUAAAUCUUUGGACUCAUGCAUGUGUGGGGGAAUGACCUUCCAUGAAGGAAGAAUUUCAUCACUGGAAAACAGCCUCAAUACCCUGAACUUGCGACAUAAUCCUAUGAAGUAUCUAUGGUGGCAAUCAGAAGAUGGCAGAUAUGCAAGUUUGGUCUUGGUGCAAUCUGGAAAUAAAAUGACUUGCCCGCUUAAAAACUUCAGUAGCUGCCAGUGAAGAUGCAAUCUAUGUAUUCUUUUUCUUAUCUCAGAUAAACUGAGAGAUACUGGAGUCAGACUUCCACAUAAGGGUUAUUUUUCUGAGGCAGUGAAGUUAAAGGAAGUUAAAUAAUGACAUAUAUCCCACGCAUUGCAAUUAGGAUUAUUCACCUGAAUAUUAUCCAGCCCACACGGUACAUUCUUAGUACGGUUUGAGCUGAAUCAUAAAAAGUGUUUUCUUAAUGCAAACUGUUUCCCCUCCCCACCACUGUUUGAAUUCUUUCACUUUCACUUCUACUUAUUGAAAUUAGUAUACUUUAAAGUAUUCUGCUUAUUCUGAUUAUAUUUACUUAUUGUACAGCUUUAACAUUAUCUGAAAGUUUGCAGUCUUUCAGCUGCUCUGUAUAGUAUACAGAAAAACUCAAUAUACCAUAAGAUGAGAGUUUGAAUGGUACUUUUAGUUGCCCCAAAUCAGCAACGCUUAAAAUAUAUAGAAACAAAUUAGAGAGAAAGCAGUGAUAAAUUGUGUUUAGCGGUCACAAACCUGUGGUGGGUCUUCAGAUACCAGAGUGAUUUACUGGUUCAGCUUAGAAACAGAACAACAAAAAUUAAAAACACAGCCAUAUUUGUCUGUUUGUGUAAAAAUCACAAAAUCAUUAUUUCUGAUGUGGGCUGUCAGUGACAGGCGCAGCAACUCCCAGUAAACAGGGAAUUCCAUGUUAGUGAGCUUUUCCCACCAUAUCACUUCAGUGAGCUAAGACAUUUUCAGUAAUCCAUAGCAGAUGUUAUAAUAACUGGCGUCAUGUCACGGUCCACGAGCAGUCACAGUGAUGAAGACUCACUUGUGUGAUUAGCCUGCAUGCCUGAACAUGGAGGAAAGCAGCCACUAAGCAAAGUGUUGGCAGAAAUGUUAUCAUGGAAGUUUAGGGAGGGUAACAUCCCUUAUACAUCAUGGAGCUAUUUAAGAUGUGUCAUUAUACAAGCAUCAGCAAAUGCGACUGUCAGUAUGUCAUAAGACUUGCUAUCGAAAAUGACCAAAAUAUAUAAAGUCUAUUUGAACACACAGGUAGCUGAUGCCGAUAAUAACUGAUGCUGUUACAGGUAUAUUGGCUCACUUGUGCCCACAUAUUCUUCUGAACUUUCUUUAAUUCAUAAGUGAAACUGUCAGUGUGUGUGUGUGUGUGUGUGUGUGUGUGUGUGUGUGUGUGUGUGUGUGUGUGUGUGUGUGUUUGUUUCCAGUUAGGUGAUAAGCAGAAAAAACCUACCAUGUUUUUUUGAUAGCAGGAAGUACUGAAGCAAAUCAGCAACGGCAGAAGUUGUACUCUUGGUUUAAACACUCUACUAUGAGGCAACAGUGAUAACCACUGAGAUAAGGUAUUGGCAUUACUAGGGUGUCUGUUGACCAUUGUUAUUUUUAAUAACAGGAGUUACAUCAAUGGCAUGUUUGGCGUUAAAAAGGCCCUCCUUCUUACUCGUUUAUUUUUGGUCUACACAUUUUUGUGUAAAAUUAUUAUAACUUUAUAAUUUAGGUUGUAGAAAAUGAUGGAGGUAAAACUAAAAUUAAGUCAUGUAAACCACCAUUUAUCCUAAUUGCCAACAGGGGGCUUCAAAAAUUAGUUAACUGUAAAGAAAUCAAUUGUACAUUAAUGUUACAUUUACCCCCAGCCAAUUACCCAAGUGGCAGAGAGUGUCUGAUUUGGUGGUCUCAGGAUCAUGUCUCUGCUUUUUUUGCAGAUGAUCAAGUGGUGACCUCAAGAAAAACUUGCUGCUGAGUAUGAAACUAUAGGAAUGAGAAUUAGCACCUCCAAAUCUGAGGCCAUGGUCAGAAAAAGGAUGGCGCACAAACUGAUUUUAAGUUUUGGCAGCGAUGUGAACGCUGUACCAUUUUUUUGUGAUUAAGAGAGUGCUAAGGGAAGCAUUGAUCUUCCGACCUUCACCUAUGGCUGUGAGCUCUGGGUAGUGCCUGAAAGAACUGAAUCAUGGAUAGUAGCAUCAGAUAUGAGCUUCCUCCAAAGGGUGGCUGUAUUCUCCCUUAGAGAUACAGUGGGGAACUUUGUAAAUUGAGAGGGAUUCAGAGCCUGGCCACUACUCCUCCACAUCAAAAGGAACCAGAUGAAGAGGCUUGGACAUAUGACUACGAUGCCCCCCAGAUACCUUGUAGGUGAGGUCGUCUGAGCAUGUCCUGCUGGGAGGAGGCCCUGUAGCAGAUCCAAGAUACACUGGAGAGAUUACAUCUCUUGGCUGGUGUGGGGAGGGGAAGGUCUUGGCACAGAGUGUGUGCCCUGAGACUUGAACCCAGAUAAGAAAAUUGAUGGUGGAUGGAUGUUAUGUUUAGAGUCAACAGACAAUAAUCGAUGUGCUUUCAGUGUCCUCAACACUUAGACCCACCCCUCGCUUGUGAUGCCCUGAUUUAAAGUAUUCAAGAUGACCACGGCCAAAAUGACAAACUCAAUCCAAUGGGUGACAACAUUGUGGCUAUGUCCGUUUUUACAUAGAGCUCAUGGUUUCAUAACCUCACAUUACCCCAUAUAUACUGCAAAUAACAAGUCAAGAGAGUUAGAGACAAGCCUGGUCUAAGCCUUAAUAAUAGUUAUAUACAAAAGCAGUUAACAGGAAUUUCCUGAGAAAGUUAUUAUUCUGUCUCUCACUUUUCUCUCACUCUCUCACUGCAAGAGUGUAAACUUCUCCAGAGUUUAAAAAAAAGUAGUCAAGAGUUAAGCAUCUGCUAUUAAUUAAAACAAAAAGUCAGGCAUUCCAGAGGAACCGCAGUAAGCCACCCCAGACUGCCCACCCACUCUUAUCUCUAUCUUUUUUCUUUUUCUUUUUACAUUUCCUCAACUCCAAAAAUACUAAAUUGGCUUGUUGUCUGAGCCAAGCCUGAAGAGAAGCAUAGUAGGCCAUUCCAGGGAGGUGUUGCACUGAUGAAAAAGCAUCAGGGACAUGCCAGGUGUGUGUAUCCAUUCUCCCAGAAGACUUUGCUAUUCUUCUGUCUCUUUAAUAGUCACUUUAGCCCCUUCCUUUCACUUCUUUCACGCACAAACACACUUCUUCACCACAGAAACAUCGACUAGAAGGGAAGAAAUGAGGAGUCUGAGGAUAAAUAACAAAGCAAGGAGAGAGGGUGGCGGAGUGUGGUGGAGGGGCUUUGAGUAAAGAGUGGGAAAAGAGAGCCCAAAAAACGAACAGUCAGAGGAACAUGGAAAAUCCCUGGUUCCCAUGCCAAGAAUUCGGUGCAGUGAAAACACACACACACACACACACACACACACACACACACACACACACACACACACACACACACACACACACACACACACACACACACACACACACACACACACACACACACACACACACAGUGUAUCUGAAAGCCUGCUGGGAGCUCAAUGUAAAAGGUGGUGAUAAAAAUGAUCAGUUUGGUUUUCACAGAACAGAGUUCAGGAAAAAUCCCUGAUCCUUUGCCUCUGUUACUUGUUACAUAGUAACUUUUUUCAUUUAGAAAUUAUGACAUUAAAAAUUUCAUGAGUGAAAAAAGAAAGAAAAGAGACUAUAAGUUAUCUACAUGGCAGAAGGUAAAAUGCAAGAACAAAGAUUUCACAUGACACAAACUAUUUGUUUUCCUGUUAUUUUGCCUUCUUGGGAAAACUUUGACCUUUUCUAAAACCUUUAUAUUUUUGAUACCAGCCCCUUUUUUGCAAACUUAAACCUUUUCAAGUUACCUACUUAAAAUGUAUAACUGCAAAUGGAUCUUCAUGUGUAACAUUUAAAUAGCCAUUUUAAACCAAGCUGGAUUUAAAGGGAUAACGUAAUCAUGAAUAAUUCAGUAAAUACUUACUUUAUGCUAGCCAGUCUUAUUGCGGUUAUGAUAAUGACCAGUUGCCGGCAGCCACAUUACCGCUACAGUGCAUGUCAACAGUUUUCCUUUCCCUGCCUGACGCUUGCAAGUGGCACAGCUGCUAUCUAUAGUCCAUCUCUAUUUUAAGACCAUGCAGACAGGACGCAAUGGAGCUCACACAAAUCUUUAUUUACCAUGCAGCUCGAGGGAAAAAAUGGCUAUUCCACACUCGAGUCACACACAAAAUAAUUACUUAAGAAGCCGUCUUAGGAAGAACAGAAAUCCUGGUUUAAGAGACCAUGGAAAUGCCCGAAGGCCUGGGAAUCAACCGGGAUACUCAUGCCGAGAAUGCGACCCUUGAUCUGGAGAACAGAGAGUGCCAUGCAGGCUGGCUGAGAGUGAGGGUGGAGGACAGUUGGUUCACUGUGGAGCGGGCUUUUCUCCUUAAGUACAGCGACUAUUUCUGUGCUCUUUUUCACUCUGGGAUGAAAGAAAGUCAGCAAGAUGAGCUCUACCUGAAAGGAGGAGUGCACGCAAGAGGUUUCCUCAUUGCCCUUGCAGUCUGCAGGGGAGAGAAUCCCACCAUCAGUGAACCAGAUGAGCUUGUCGAAGCGGUCGAGUGUGCUGCUUUUCUACAGGUUGACCAUUUGGUCCAGCAUCUUUGUGACAUUAUAGAUUCAGACAACUGCCUUCUGCUUUACCAUACAGCCUCCGUAUUUGGGGUGCAUGCACUGUUUCACAAUGCUGCACUCUUUCUUUGUGACGCCUUUGAUGAUCUCAAGGAUGAAGCAGAAAGUUCAAUCCCUGAGGAGCUGCUGCAAUACUCUCAAACUUUGUCCCCUUCUUCUUUUAUUGCUAUGGGGACCCAUUCUCCUUCACUGGAGCUGCUGCAAGACUCCUUCAGGGUUGUUUGCUACCUCGACGAAAAAGAGGGCCAGUGGAAGCAUCUGACAGACCUACCAACUGCUUGCAGCACCUCCAUGGCUGGCAUAGCAGUGGUUGACAAUCGCUUAUAUAUCGUUGGGGGGGUUUUUGGUUACAGUAAGGACACAGUGGACAGGAGCUUCUGCUACAACCCCGAUUCAGGACUUUGGACUACUCUCCCAGGUCCCCAGCAACCCAGAUAUAAUUUUACCCUUCUUGGGCAUGAAGGUCAGCUCUACGCCAUUGGUGGAGAGUCCCAAAAGAAGAUAAUUUCCACAGCAGAGACGUAUGAUGUUGUAAAAGGAGAGUGGACAUUUAUACAGCAUGCACCACGACCCGUAGCAUCUGCAGCUUGUGCUGUCGCUAGACGACGGAUAUUUAUUUGCUUCUGGAAGCCACCAGACACCACAGACAUCUAUGAAUACGUACCUGUGAAUGAUGAGUGGAAGCUUGCUACCACACUGAUCAGACCUCAGAGCUAUGGCCACUGUAUGGUAGCUCACAAGGACAAUUUGUAUGUGAUGCGCAAUGGGCCUUGUGACGACUUUCUUCGCUGUCUAAUGGACUGUUAUAAUAUCACAACAGGCCAGUGGACAGCUAUGCAUGGGCAUUACAUCAACAGCAAGGGAGCUCUGUUUACCGCAAUGAUCAGGGGGGAUUCUGCGUUCACAGUGAAACACAUGUUAACUCUUGUGUAUACCAUCACUGAAAAUGGAUGGAAGCCCCGUAAGCAGAUGAACGGAUUUCCAAAGAGUGGUUCACUGUGGACAUGUUUACUCAGGCUUCCCAAGACGGGGCCAGUUAUACCACAGCUGGAUGCAGAAGGCAAGGAAGGAGAAAUGCCUCUGUCAGACCUGUCUGAGGCAUAUCUGGAAGCUAUACAGCACUUGUGAAAUUAUUGUGCAACUGAAAAGUAAAGCGAUUUUUUUGAGUUUUUAAAUGACAAAAUAAGUCCUAGAAAAUACUGCUGCUAAAUAAUUCUGGAGGCUUCAAAUGGACAAAAAUUGACUUUAUUUCAAUGCAUUCAAUUCACAUGCACUCUCACACACAUGCUAACAAGCACUUGCACUGAUUAACAACAGCUGCUACUGCAGUUUAUAGUAGGGGAGGCCACUGUGCAUGUGUGUGUGCAUGUGUGAGUGUGUGUAAAGUUCAAAGGCACUGACGGGAUGUUCUAAACCUUUUUCCUGAAGUCACACUGGGCCAAUUCAGAAGCCACCGGUCUCCUAGUCAACAUAAAACACAGUGUAGUUCCCUCUCACACACUCCUGAACAAUCACCUCUCCAGUCUUGUUGCCCCAUGGGUUGUUAAAUACCUGCUUCUGUGGGAGAACACAUUUCACGAAGCCUCGGCUUGCAAGCCUCGGUGGAGGGAAAUGAUUUUGGCUUGCAUGACCACAGACGUUAUUUGUGUCAUUAUAUCUAAACUGCUGCAGCUGGGUUUCAAUAUCUGACAACAACCCAUUAACUUACAGUACUUUUUACUGUAAGUUACAGUACUGUUUUUAGCACUACGCUUCUUAGUGAUAGCAGUGCACAUACUGUAACACAAGACCAAACUGCUAUCGGUUACAUAUCAAUUUGGAAUUUGUCUUCUGGCUUCUUUGGUAUACAGUAGGAUAUCUUGAUCACCACCGAUUUGUUCCAUCUACUAUAUUACUUCAGCCACUGACUCGGGUCAAUGCUAUUAACAUUCCCACAACCACAGUGGCAGAGACCCAAAUAUCUGUGUUUUUUUUAAGCCAAAUCAUUCUGCAUCAUUCUUCUGUUACUCCAGUUAUGGAAAGGA